AACCAGAAGAAACUCCAACGAAGAAGAAGAGGGGUUAGCGAGGUGCAGGUUUGGUUUCGAUCGCGAUCGAAUCGCUGCUGGAUCUUCGAUUUCGCCGUUCGCCCCUGCGAUCUGCGCUUCGGAAGGCUUGGUUAGGCUCCCUCGCCUCGCGAUCAUCGGUCCCCGAUCGGUCCCUCUUUCAUGGUGAUCUCGCGGAGUAAUCGCGCUCUAAGCAUCCAUCGCUCGAUGUUCGGCCGCUGGUUCCUUCGCAGGGCGGUGACCUAGAUUGGAUCUCGGGGAAUUAGCGAUUUUGCUUUGCGUGUUGUGGGGGAGGUUUUUGGGGAUUUUUUUUUUUUUUGAUUUGAUUUGGUUUGGUUUUGUCGAUUGGGGCUAUGUAUAUUGAGGAACUGGAAGGAGGAGGCGGAGAGGUCGGGGUCGGUGGUGCCGGUGUGGGUGGAGAGGAGGGGUCGUGUGCCGACGGCGAGAUCGUUCUGGGGAGUAGUGGAAACGAGAGCGUCGUGCCGAUUCACGUGAAGAGGGCGGUGAUCGGAGCUGGCGCUCGCGCGUUGUUCUAUCCGACCCUGCUUUACAACGUCGUGAGGAAUAGGAUUCAGGUCGAAUUCAGGUGGUGGGACCGUAUCGGUGAGUUUAUACUGUUGGGUGCUGUUCCAUUUCCUUCUGAUGUUCCAUGCCUAAAGAAGCUUGGUGUCGAUGGAGUGGUUACUCUGAACGAGCCUUAUGAAACUUUGGUUCCAACAGCACUCUAUAAGGCUUAUGGCAUCAAUCAUCUGGUGAUUCCUACAAGAGACUAUUGCUUUGCUCCGUCCCUGCACUCUAUAUGCCGAGCUGUAGAGUUUAUUCACAAAAAUGCAUCAUGCGGACGAACUACAUAUGUUCACUGUAAAGCCGGCCGGGGCCGUAGUACGACCAUUGUGAUAUGCUACCUGGUGCAACACAAGGAUAUGACCCCCGAUGCUGCAUAUGGCUAUGUGAAGUCGAUCCGACCAAGGGUGCUUCUAGCCACAUCUCAGUGGCAGGCUGUUCAGCAAUUCUAUUAUCUGAAGGUGAAGAAAGUUGACCUUUGCAGUCACCUGUCUGAUCUAGUUUUCAAAACCAAUGUGGUAAAGAUCCAACGAGAAAGGUUGCCAUUUGAUGAUGGCUCUGUAGUUGUGGUAUCCGAAUCAGAUCUUGUUGGAUACGAUCCCUCUCUUGAAUGUGGUGACGUUAAAUCGGAGAUAUGGGCAGAUCUGAGAGUUGUCUACCGGGUUCGCUAUGCUGGUCAAGCGGCACUAGCGAGGAUAUCGUGCCUGUGGCUACGGUACCGUGCAGAGGAGAAGGUUCCUGGAGAGCAGCUGGUUACGGACAGUGGCUGUGCGAUCGGGAGUAAUCAUCUCAGUGGCAUUAGUGUGGACAUUCAUGUCUACUAAGAAGUGAUUCUACGGCAUGAUGACAGAAACAAGGCGCCUUUCUACCCUCUUAAGUGAAAUUUCCUCUGCUGGUUGGUACAUGCGUCGAUAAAUAAGGAAUACUUCACUAGGCAGAGUUGUGAUCUCUUUUCAUUUUCCUACUUUGCCCCCUUUCAAUGUAAAGUCGAUAUUCUCUUCUCUUGAAUUGAAGCUUAAGGAAAGAUGAGCUUUAUGCGCAAAGCAAUGUGCAAAUAGAACGUGCAUGAUUUACAUGGUCGUCA